AUGUGGCUCCCGGACUGCGACGGGGCAGCGGGCGGCGGCCUCUGGCGGUUCCCGCUGCUGCUGCUGCGCCUGGGCGCGCUCUGCCACUCGGGGGGCGCCCGGGGGUCGCGGCUGGCCGGCGAUUGCUUCUGCCCCACAGGUCAGACCAUCUGCCGGAGAGGAACGCAACGCCCUUGCUACAAAAUUGUUUAUUUUCAUGAAGCCACACGCAGGGUUGGCUUCCAUGAAGCCCUUCAGACCUGCCGAAGCGACGGCGGAGACUUGGUGAGCAUCGAAUCCCAGUCAGAGCAGGAGUUGAUUGAGAAAAUGAUCCAGAGUUACUCAGCAUCCGAUGGCGAUUUUUGGAUCGGGCUCAGGAGAGAAGAAGACGAUCCUGAGAACAGCACCCUGUGUCCCUAUUUAUACACCUGGACUGAUGGGAGCUGGUCCACCUUUCGAAACUGGUACGUGGAUGAACCGUCCUGCGGAAGCGAGGGGUGCGUGGUGAUGUAUCACCAGCCCUCGGCACCUGCUGGCGACGGGGGACGUUACCUGUUCCAGUGGAACGAUGACAGAUGCAACAUGAGAAACAACUUUAUUUGUAAAUAUUCACAAGAAAAGCCAACAGUUGUCUCUGAAUUGGCUCCUUCUCAGACAGGGUAUAUAAAAGGGUCUUUGGCACUCACCUCCCCGGAAACCCCCAUGCAAGAGAAUGUUGCUAACAAAACCCUCACAGAGGCCAAAGAGCCUGCUUGGAGCCUUCUAUACAUCUUAAUUUCAAGCAUUCCUGCCUUGCUUCUGUUGAUCACCAUUGCUGUUUUUAUCUUUUGGAUUUACGCAAAGAGGAGACGGGAACAGAGAGAGGUGAACACGAAGGAGAAAGAUACUUGGUUGUCUACCAAAAUGCAAAACAGCCCCAGUUUAGAGGUAUAUAAUGUAAUUCAAAAACAGGGGGAGGCCGAUCUGGCUGGAACGAGACCACAAACCCAGAACUCCUCCUUCCGUGCCCGUCUUGGAGGAGAUGACCUCUGUGGAGACUAUGACAAUACGGCGGUCAACAGCUCAGAGAGUGGCUUUGUGACCUUGGCAAGCACUGAGAGCGGAUUUGUCACAAAUGACAUAUAUGAACUGUGCAAUGACCGAGUGGGGCAAAGCAAAGAAUCAGCUUGGGUAGAAAAUGAAAUCUACGGAUAUUGA